AUGGAAGAGCUUAGAAGUCGUUGGAUCAAAGAACAGAUAAGGUUGAAACAAGAGUGUGUUAUAGAGGAUAUUCCUGAAGUCUUGGAAAAACUCAGAUGUAGCACACUGCUUGUGGGAGGCCUUGAUAUUUCCUACUCCAAAAGCGAUUCAACUCUAGCUUUUGUUGGCGUUUCUGUGGUACGAAUUGGUGAUCCCGUUUCAGAAACUCAGUGUGAAACACUGGCAAUUGACUGCAAUCGUGCAACAAUAGAAGUGCCCUAUGUACCCAAUUUCCUAGCCUUUCGAGAGGUGCCUGCUUAUUUGGCCGCGGUGAGCGCUUUUGAGGAGCGUCACACAUCUCUCUCUCCCGACGUUUUCAUGGUGGAUAGCAACGGAACGUUGCAUCCUAUUCGUUUUGGUGCUGCUUGUCACCUUGGCGUGUUACUGAAACGACCUACUUUUGGGGUGGCCAAAAACCUUACCUUUCUCGAACCUGCACCCAACUGCUUUCCCCUAAAUGCCGACGGGCCCACGCAGAGGCACCUCCUUCUACAGGCUGUUCUUACGGGCACAUCAUCGAAUCCCGUUUUUGUCUCCCCUGGGCAUUUGAUCACCCUUCAAACAGCUGUGGAGAUAACUCUUCGCUGCUCCAUCCAUCGGAUUCCAGAACCAACAAGGAGGGCUGAUUUACGAACACGCAAAGAGCUGGCUGAUUUUGUAGACGCCAAACGAAAUGUGGAUGGAUCAUGA